GACACACCCCCUCGUUGAGGGAGUGACGUCAGGUUAGAACCACCCGAACGCGUCCCGAAGAGUCUGAAUUCCGUCGCUCUGGUGCUUUCGGCCUCCGUCCGCCGGGCGCUAAGGGCGGGGCUCCUCUGCCUGACCGGCCGUCACCAGCUGCGCUCCCAGGGUGUCCUCUCUGCUCGCAAUGCCUCCGCCGCCGGGUGACGUGACAGCCUUGUUCCUGGGGCCUCCGGGCUCAGGAAAGUCCGCGCUCAUAGCAGCGCUGUGUGACAAGGAUGUGGAGACGGUAGAGAUCCCCGAGGGACGACUGGACUCCGGGAUCCCCAGCCUGAGAGCGGCGGGCCCCGGCCUCUUCCUCGGCGAGUUGAGCUGCCCACCCGCAGCGCCUGGGCCCUGGGCCGCAGAGGCCAACGUGCUGGUACUGGUGCUGCCCGGGCCCGAGGGGAAUGAGGAGCCCUUUUCCCCAGAGCUGGGAGAGGCGGCUCGGGCCGCCUUGGCCCGAGGGACCCCGCUGCUGGCUGUGCGGAACCUCAUUCCCGGGGAUUCACAGCAGGAGGCUCAAGCCCGCGAUCGGACUGCGGCGCUGCUGGACAGCUCAGGGUUGGGAGCCGCGGCUCUCUUCGUGCUGCCGAAGGACUGCAGCCACAGUGACGACUGUGAGGAGCUAGAGCGCCUCAGGGCGGCGCUGCGGAGCCAGGCGGAGGCGCUGCGGAGGCUCCUGCCUCCUGCUCAGGAUGGUUUCGAGGUCCUGGGUGCCGCAGAACUGGAGGCUGUGCGUGAGGCCUUUGAGACCGGUGGCCUGGAGGCUGCGUUGUCGUGGGUGCGUGCAGGCCUGGAGCGCCUGGGCAGUGCACGGCUGGACCUAGCAGUGGCGGGCACAACUGAUGUCAGCCUCGUGCUGGACACGCUGCUGGGGUUGGAUCCUGGUGACCCAGGGGCCAUACCUGCCUCCAUGCCCACCGGGCCCACCCCGUGGCCGGCCCCGGAAUGCCCCAAUGUGGUGCUCUGGGCUGUGCCUUUGGGCUCCCCCGGCACGUCCUCUGGCGCCACCCCACACCCGACCCACUAUGACGCCCUCAUCCUGGUCACCCCCGGUCCCCCCACGGAAAAGGACUGGGCCCAGGUCCGCGCCUUGGUGUCACCAGACGUUCCUCUUGUCUGCGUGCGAACAGACUGUAAGGGCAAGGAUCCCGAGUUUCUGGAGGAAGAGGAAAAGGUGGAGAAUCCCAGAGGCCAGAGCUUGGGGAACACAGGCGAAGAAGGGACACUGGGAAAAAUGCUCAGCGAGGAGGAGAGACGUGGCGCCGGAUCGCAGAAAGCGGGCAGCCAGAGUUUGCUGCAGGUGGACGGCGCCAACACCCAGGGCAGCGGGAAGUCAGGACGCGCGGCCCCUCUGAGCCCGGAGGACGAGACGUGGGAGGUGCUGGAGGAGGCGCUGCCGCCAGUGUUCCCCUUGUGCCCCGGUGGGCUCCCGGGCCUAUGCGAGUGGCUGCAGCGUGCGCUGCCUUCUGCCCAGGCUGGGGCGCUGCUGUUGGCGUUGCCACCCGCCUCGCCCAGCGCAGCCCGAAAGAAGGCAGCGGCACUGCGGGCGGGGGCGUGGAGGCCGGCCUUGCUGGCCAGCUUGGCAGCAGCGGCGGCCCCCGUACCCGGGCUGGGUUGGGCAUGCGACGUGGCGCUUCUCCGCGGCCAGCUGGCGGAGUGGCGGCGGGCGCUGGGCCUUGAACCCGCAGUGCUGGCGCGACGGGAGCGCGCCCUGGGCUUGGCUCCUGGGGAGCUGGCUGCGCGUGCGCACUUCCCGGGCCCAGUGACACGCGCAGAGGUGGAAGCGAGACUGGGCGCCUGGGCGGGCGAGGGCACGGCUGGUGGCGCCGCCCUGGGCGCCCUCUCUUUCCUGUGGCCUGCGGGUGGCGCGGCGGCGACAGGCGGUCUGGGAUACCGCGCCGCACAUGGCGUCCUGCUGCAGGCUCUGGAUGAGAUGCGGGCAGACGCCGAGGCCGUGCUGGCACCCGGUGAGGCAGCACCGUGACGGGUGGGGUAGGAUGGGGGCCUGGGCUUCCUGCUCCACUGAGGGCUGAGAACCCCAAGUCCUAGUUAGAGGGAUGGGGGCUUGAAAGUCUGAGCCUGACACAAGGGUUGGGGGGAUCUGCUACUGGGAAUCUUUGCACUUGGGGGUACAGGCUCCAACUUCUGGUUGGGGUAUGUGGAGUCCUGAAGGUGAGCAGAAUGUGGGGGACGGGAUUCCUGAUUUUUCUGUGGACCGGCGAGUAUACUGUCCAGACUCUCCUGGGGCUAGUAGGGGGCCCGGACUCCCGGAAGGGAGUACAUCCCUGUCUCCAGCUGCAGUUACUGGACGUCUAGUCGUCCAGGGUAGACGGGUUAGAAGCCUUAAUUCCUGAGGAGGUCCACAGCUGGGCUCCUGGACUGCACUAUGCGAGUCUGGGUGCUCCAGGGAGCUAGAAUCCUUGCACUUCCUGAUCUGAAAAGGAAAUGGCCUAAGAUGGGCCUUUCCCCCAGGAAACCGGGGGCCAGUGAACUUUGAAUCUUCAUUGGGUGGGGGGUUGACUCGGGUUUCAGAGGACUGUGAACCUUGGUUGCUAAUCCUUGGGUGGUGGGAAGUCUACAUCUGGAGGAGGGAACAAAGGGCAGAUGGGAGAGCCAUGGACCACUGGGUCUCUUGGGAAGUGAGGAUGUCUGAUACUUGUCUGGGGAUCUGGUGUAAGGAGAAUGAUCGUAACAGAAAUGGCGAGAGGGCUAGAGGCCUGAACUUGGUGGGCCCUGAAGGUGGCUGGAGACCAGGAGGGAGACCUGCAUGUGGAAGAGUAAGAACUUGCACUUCAGAGACAUCUCCCACAGGUUCUCAUACUUUAUCCUGUACAUCCUCAGAGGGCAGUUGCCUCUCUUUCCGUGAAGGGGAAGACUAUGGGAAGGGGUGUGACUACUCCCAUCUUAUAGGUGCCGAGUAAUGGAGAGGAUCUUGGGUGUGUUUCCCACCUUUAGGGUGUGCUUUUGUUUUUGUUUUGUCUUUGGUUUCUUCUGUCAUUAUAAUAAGUUUAACCUAUUUUGCCUUGUGUUUUGUGCACCUGCCUUUUGGGAGAAGCAGCUGGGCUGUCCUGCUGUGCUAGUCCAGACAUCUUGGUGUGGCCUCCCGGAGAGGCUGUGGUCUGGUGUACGCAAAGGAUGUGUCUUCGGGCAGGGUUCCCCCAGAAUGGCUGGGCAGGCAUUGCAGACUGUGGGAACAAACGUGAACUUGCCAGGCAGGAGUGAGGCAAAGGCAGAAACCACAGUGCCUGCAAGUUACAGGAUUUUUCCUUGUCAAAACAGGAAAAAGGGAACCAAUAGAUGAGAGCAAGCCUAGAGAGAGCAGGCCAGAGGUGCAACAGCACAAAGCAAGGCUCCGUGUGGUCUGGUCCCUGCCUCUUCUCAGUCUCUGCCCCAUCCCAGCCCCAACCAGGCUGAGAGAUCUUUUUCAUGUUUGAAUAGGCCACAGUGGGUCCUGCCUCAGGACCCUUGCACUUGCUGUUUUUUUCCUGAAGUGUGGUGCCCCCCUAUCUUCCCAUGAUUGGCUCCUUAUUCGUAAGGUCUCCACUCAAAUGUUCUCUCAGAGAGGUCCUCCGCGUUCACUCUAACUGAAGUAGCUUGUACACCCCCAUUUCUGAUCCUGGCCAGUUGAUUCUUUUAAAGAAAAUAUUACUAUAAAAAUGAUCUUAUUUAUUUAUUUGCCCAUUUAUUGGCUGUUGUUCCUUUGCCUGUCAUGUUCCCUGGUGCAGAACCAGCACAGAACAGUGCCUGACACCCCGGAGGUGCUUAGUAAAUGAGUGUUAUUUUCAUUCAUUGAUCAGUGGCAGAACUAAGGCUGGUAUUUAGAUUGUUGCCCUCUUGCCAUAGAAAGGAAAAAGGAACAAGAGCAGGAGAACUGAGCAUUUAAUGGAAGAGAACAUUCCCGUUUGAGGUCAGGGCACUUAGGAUCCAAGUGUGGUUUUAUCACUGUCAUUCUGUGUCACAUGGGCCGGUGCUUUAUUUUCCCAUCUCCCGAAUGAAAGGGCUGGACCAGAACCAUAAAUACUUCCUGAAAGGGUCGCCAAAAGGAAGGGGCACACAUAUGUUCAAGCCAGCUUUAUUGGGGUGGCAGUCUGCAGCCUGCCGGGACUGACUCACAAAAUGGAGACCAGCAGUCUCAUGGGCUGAGCUGGAGGCUUAUAUAGGGUUUUUGCAUGUGGGAGAGCACGUAGUCCUUUGAUGGGGGUGGGUGACUCCAGUUAGGGCAUAUAGCAACAAAUUCUGGCUGGGGACUGAGAAACAGGCCCCAGGAAGUCUCUAUCUCAUGGGAGUAUCUGGUGGGAUGAAGAGACAAGCUCCUGGAAGUCUCUGUCUUGCGGGGGGGGGGGGGCGCGUGGGACGGAGUGACAAGCUCUAGGAGGUCCCUAUCUUAAGGGAACAUUUGGUCAGGAAACCAGAGGGGCAGAAAAGCCCCUAACUGGGUAGGAGGUCAUUAACUAGGAGGGGUCAAGCCUUAGUUGUGUAGAAAGUUCCUGUUGGCCUUUAGGGAGGAGGACUGGGAGAAAGGGGAGGGAGCUGGUUCUGUGGGGGCUUUGGAAUACCUAACACUUCCGAGAUCCUAUUUUCCUUGACAGCUGAGGGCAAGGUUCCUGGUCCUAGGGGCAGAUAGUUGGGGAGUGGUACCCCCAUCUGCAGUUUGAACUUUCACCUCCAGCACAGUUUGUCCCCUCAAAGUCGAGAUGGCCAUGAUGGGGAAAGCAUUUGACGCUGUACUGAAUGGCUGCUGAGCUCGUGCAGCCCUAGAGGAAGGGGAUUCACUUGCACCAGCAGCAUCCAGCAUCCCUCCUUGUUUCCCCCACUGUGCCCACUGUGUGGCGCCGGGGCCCUUAGUUAAGCAUGAGAAAGCAGCUGUCCAACAGAAACAUGUCACUUUAAACGUCCUGGUAGCCAUAGCAAAAGAGUAAACAGCUGAAACUCACUGUAAUAUGUCAUUUAACCCAGGAUCCCCCCAAUAUUAUCAUUUCAACAUAUAAUCAGUAUUUUAAAGAUAAUUGAGAUCUUUUACAUUCUUUUGUGCUAAGUUUUCAAAAUUUGAUAGGUACUUUACCCCCUUACAGCACAUCUCAAUUCAGAGACUAAAUUGUCACUGGAAGUGCUGGACUUGUAUUUACUUUUCAUACAAUUUAUAAUAAGAGAAGUAGAUUCACUUACCAAAGUUGUCCCAGUGAUAUUGACUAGUUUAUCAGUCAUGGAGAUGUGAAUUAAAAGCAAAACAAAAUUCAGCUUCUCAGUUGCACUGGCCACAUUUCAAGUACUACUCUGUAGCCACAAGUAUUGAGCAGUCCAGACUUAGAACAUUUCUCUAAUGAGAAGAAACCCUAUUAGCAUAGCUCUAGAGUCAGGCAGUCCUACUGACUUUGGAGAUGAUCUUGGGCAGUGAAUGGCAUCUACCUCACGCACUGUGAGAAUCCACUGUGUGUGCAAUCUCACAUACAUGCACACACUAAGGACAGACUAUAGCCCUCCUGGGAAGUCAGCCCCACUGAGCGCUCAAACAUUAGUCUUGUUGCCCCUGCCCACACCCUCAGCCUUGGCCAGCACUGGGAUGACUCUGGUCUGGGCAUCUUCUGUUGACCCCAUGCCUUUACUCACACUGCCCUCUUUUUCUGCCACUCUGCCACACCAAUUUGGUCCUGCCUGACCUCUGCUGUAUGCGUUGCUGCUGUAUUUCCCUCUGCCCUCCUGCCUCAGAAAUCAGGCCAAUCAGAUCAUAUCAGUGGAAGCAAGACAAUUUUGUUUGUGUGUACAUGUCUGUGCCCAUUGAGGAGUGCUAGUUGUAUUUAUAUAGUUGUAUAUUGGCACCAUUGGGUUUCACAACUACUCUCUGGGGUGGUUGUAUUUUACAUGAUGACUUUUGAUGGAAUUCAACUUUAGGUUUUGUGGAAUCAUAAAGUUGUGAGGGAGGCAUCUGUCUCUGGGAGCAUCAAAGCAGAAAAAAACUCAAACUCCCUUGUGGACAGAUGACUGGCUGCCAUCAGGGUGUGUCCAUGUGACGGCUCAGGGCAAGAAUCCCAGGAAAUGUGUGACUCCUGGUGUCCCGUUACCAGACACAGAACAGACCCAAAAAUGUGAGUGAAGCACGCUUAUCACCAUAGCAGAAUUUUGUACAUUUCUGGGUAAUGAUGGAGGGACUUGUGUCUGUAAUAAUGGAGAACAAAGAAGGACAAACCAAGGUUUGGAUAGCCUAUGGUGUUUUUUUUGAAGAAUAAAUAAAAAUGAAUAGAAA